GUUGCUUUGGAUCCGAUUGUUGUGCUCCCUUCUCCUUCUGCUGAUCCCUACAAGUUAUCCAACAAGAGGGCAGGUCCGCCGUCUUAUCUCCAACCUCAAAGAGUAGUUGGCUUCUCUGUCACUACAUCUUAUCAGCUACUCUAACCCACGUGCCUGAUUAGACCCGAUCGAUCUAGGCAAGGGUAGCCACCUAUCUAUAAUACGAGCCCUUUUCUUUCCCCCAGAGCCUCCUGUCUUUUUUUUCUUUCUAGUCCAUCCAGCAGAUACGAGCCCACGGUCGUCCCAGUUCACCGCACACCACGGCCUUCACAAUGACUCCCAGAACCGACUUCCCCCCCGUCCGGGCCUGUCUCUUUGACAUGGAUGGUCUGCUGCUCGACACCGAGGACCUCUACACGCUCUGCAUCAACCUGAUCCUCGAAAAGUACGGGCGUCCCAAGCUGCCCUGGAGCAUCAAGGCCAAGCUGCAAGGCCGCCCCGGUCCCCAGGCCAACAAGCUGCUUCACGACUGGGCCCAGCUGCCGAUCACCCCUGAGGAGUACCACAAACAGUACUAUGAGCUCCAAGCCCAACACUUCCCCGGCACCCAGCCCCUCCCCGGCAUCCCUACACUUCUCAGCGACCUCGCUCGCACCCGCUACUGGGACAUGGAGAAGAACAAGGAGUCCAGGGCUGGCGAGACGGCGCCCACCCCCCACCGCGUCCACAUCGCCCUCGCCACGUCGUCCCACAAGUCAAACUUUAUCUUGAAGACGUCGCACCUGACGGAGCUGUUUAGCGUUUUUGAAACCCACCGUCGCGUCCUGGGCGACGACGAGCGGAUUGCCCCCGGCCGGGGCAAGCCGCUUCCUGAUAUUUAUUUGCUUGCCCUCAAGACGAUCAAUGACUCGCUUCCCGAGGGGGAGAAGCCGAUUACCCCCGAGGAGUGUCUUGUCUUUGAGGACAGCGUUCCGGGGGUUGAGGCUGGUCGCCGGGCGGGGAUGCGGGUUAUCUGGGCGCCUCACCCGAUGCUGAAGAAGGAGUAUGAGGGGCGGGAGAAGGAGGUUCUGGCUGGACGGACGUACGAGGCGGGCGAGGUGGACACGCACCAGCUUGGGGAGGUUGAUGAUGGGUGGGCUGAGUAUAGGGGUACGCUGGUUGAUUUUCCGUAUGAGAGGUUUGGGAUUGUGGUGCCGCCUGUGGAGGUGGAGGGGGAGGGGUGGAUGCUUGAGACGGGGAGGUUGGCGGAUGGGGAGGUUGUGGAGGUUGUUGGUAGGGCUUAGGUUACCUAGCUUGGUGGACGUCGGGAUGGGUUGAAUGGGCGUUUGAGAUGGGUUGGUAUGGGCGUUUAGAAGAGGUCACGGUUGCUGGGCGUUUAGAAGAGC